CCCCCUCGCGGCGCACUUCGGCUGGCUCCAGUUCCCGGCGGUCUUCGCGGCAGGUUCCGGGCGGCAGGACAGUUCGUGAUGGCGGGGUCUGGCUCCGCCGCUGUGUCCGGGGCAGGGACCCCGGUGGCUGGGCCCACAGGCCGCGACCUCUUCGCCGAGGGAUUGCUGGAGUUCCUGCGACCCGCUGUGCAGCAGCUCGACUCCCAUGUCCACGCUGUCAGGGAGAGCCAGGUAGAGCUACGGGAACAAAUUGACAACCUAGCUACAGAACUGUGCCGAAUCAAUGAGGAUCAGAAGGUGGCCUUGGAUCUUGACCCCUAUGUUAAGAAGCUGCUUAAUGCCAGGCGGCGGGUUGUUUUGGUCAACAACAUUCUGCAGAAUGCACAGGAACGGCUGAGGCGGCUAAAUCACAAUGUUGCCAAGGAAACAGCUCGAAGGAGAGCAAUGCUGGAUUCAGGAAUUUAUCCUCCUGGUUCCCCAAGCAAGUAACAGAAGAUGAGCCUGUGACCUGAGUAGCACAAGUACUGUUCCCAGCAGCUUUGUUUCAACAUGAGAAGAUUCCAGGAAACAAUCCCUAUAGACCUUGGGACACCAAAAAGGCAGCCCUAUGGUUGGUUUGAAGCACUUCAUUCAUGUAGCAACCCCAAGAAGCCUGUGUACAGCAGGACUCAGGUUCCUAAAGCUCUUGCUUCCUUCCAAAAAUAAGCCUCUGCAUUUUUUAAAAGCUGCGUAUUUGAGGCCCACCUUUUUCAUACCUGAUUAACCAGAGCAGAGCAUCCUAGUUCAUACCUAGUUGUCU